ACAGACACCAGAGAUGAUCCAUGAGGACAGGAAGCUAGAGAGAAGAAGGCCAGCUUGAGUAGGCUGCCGCGUCACUGAGGCCGGUCUCUGCGCACUGGAAGCCCGGGCUCUGAUUGGUGUAAACCAGGAGGGGUGUCCCGGCCUCUCCCACUGCAGGAGGAGCAGAGUUUAAGGAAACCGAAAAAGAGACCCGGCUGCCAAGACAGCAGCAGCAGUCUGCGCAGUUUAGAAAACGGCACAGCCUCCUCCUCCUCCUCCUCCUCCUCCUCCUCCUGCUCCUGCACGGCACCAGAGAGGGACUUCACCAAACUGCGCACUGACUGCAGGAUGCACCGCUGCAGCCGCGCAGUCUGGUAGACAGAACCGAGCCUGUGUGGGUCUGACAGAGGGUUUGGGAAUAACUGGUGCGACAUUUAGUGUGUGUGUGUGUGUGUGUGUGUGUGUGUGUGUGUGUGUGUGUGUGUGUGUGUGUGUGUGUGUGUCCCCCCCCCCCCCCCCACUGGGAGUUUAUCACUCCGCUCUCGGGAGAGCCGUGGCCUUGGAGCGGACAUGGGGAAUGUAAACAGAAGUCGGGCUGGAUUUUAAACUACGCACAAGUCCCACGUCCUCCUCCUCCUCCUCCUCCUCCUCCUCCUCCUCCUCCCGAGAUGGAGACGGAGAGGGUCGAGUCUGAGCAUGCAGUGGAGGCAGAGCCGCCCAUGCACAGCGUCCACGGAACCAACCGGACCCGUCCGUCCUCGUACCGGGCCCUGCGCAGCGCCGUGUCCAGCCUGGCCCGUUUAGACGACUUCAACUGCGAGAAGAUCGGCGCCGGGUUCUUCUCCGAGGUGUUCAAGGUGCAGCAUCGUGUAUCAGGCCAGGUGAUGGCUCUGAAGAUGAACAUCCUGGCCAGCAACAGAGCCAACAUGCUCAGGGAGGUCCAGCUCAUGAACAGACUCUCACACCCCAACAUACUCAGGUUUAUAGGAGUGUGUGUCCACGAGGGGCAGCUCCACGCCCUCACGGAGUACAUAAACGGCGGUAACUUGGAGCAGCUGUUGGGCAGCGAUGUGUAUCUGUCGUGGAGCGUGCGGAUCGCCCUGGCCCUGGACAUCGCCAGGGGACUGCAGUACCUGCACAGCAAGGGCAUCUUCCACAGGGACCUCACCUCCAAGAACUGCCUGGUGCGCUGGGAGGGCAGCGUGUGCUCAGCCGUGGUGGGAGACUUUGGCCUGGCGGAGAAAAUCCCAGAUUACAGUGAGGAGGAGGAGGACCAGGAGCCUCUGGCUGUUGUCGGCUCCCCCUACUGGAUGGCCCCGGAGGUGCUCAGAGGAGAGGUGUAUAAUGAGAAGGUGGAUGUGUUUGCAUACGGGAUCAUCCUGUGUGAGGUUAUUGCGAGGAUACAAGCCGACCCCGACAUCCUCCCACGCACUGUGGACUUUGGUUUGGAUGUGGUGACCUUCCAGGAGAUGGUGGGAGACUGUCCUCCUGACUUCCUGGAAUUGGCCUUCGCCUGCUGUAAUAUGAAUUCAAAGCUCCGUCCAUCCUUUUCCCAAAUCGCGGUGGAGCUGGAGAGGACUCGGGCUGAGAGGAAACAGAAGGCCGAAACAACAGUCAAAGCCGUUUCUCCAUCAAUUGGCCCUUUACGAAGGCGCUCCCUUUGCCUCCUGUCGGAUCCUCGCCUCUCCCGCAGCAAAUCUGACAUGCUCCACCCGCCGGACACGCCCCCCUCUGUUACCGUGGCGAUUCCUGCUAGAGUGAACCCCUUCUCUCAGAGAGAGGACCUCAAGGGCGGCAAGAUCAAGCUGUACGACACCCCCAGCAAGUCCGUCAUCUCCCUCACCUUCACCCUGCCCCCUCUGCCAGACUGCGACGACCCCUCCGAGACCGCCAGCUGUGAGCUACCCAAGAGGCACCGGCGCUGCCACUCGCUACCUUGCACGCCUCCUCCUCACCUCACAUCUGCGCCGAAGGGCGUCCUGACCGAGGAGUCCACGUCUGAGCUAGACAAUGGAAACGAUGAGACUGACGAAAAGAGUGAAGAAGAGAGGCUGUUAGUGGAAGAGGAGGAGGUCAGGGAGGGCAGUGGGACUGAUUCAGGUCUUCCUCUGUCCCUUGAGCCCCUGUCGCUGGACCUGCUGGACCAAGAGGAGGAGGAGGAGGAGGAGGAGGAGGAGGAAGAAGAGCCCAUGGACUGCUCCAGCUCCCCGAACACACUAGACAGCACUUCAUCUCCUUACUCCAAACUCUCCCCUCCUCCAGCGCGCUCCUCGACUCCCCUCCAGGCCUCCACACCUCCCAACUCAAACGGUUGGGGGUCUGCCAUCUCCAACGGACCCCCGUGCCUGCCUCCCCUCUCCCAUUUGGACAACAACAACGUGGUCGUGAGUCGACCCCUGGGAUGGAGCGACACCUCCACCAACAACAACGGUUACCACUCCCCUCCGAGCGACCCUGCCGGUUCGUCCCCGUUCGGCUCCGGGAGCAGACACUCUCUGGACCAGGAGGAGGUGAUCUCCUGUCCCGGCUGCUGCCUCGCCGGCCUUCGCUUCCCCUCGUUGUGUCUCAGAGCUCCACCGCGCAGAAACCCUUACAAGAACUUGAACGGGGACAACGCAGCCUCACGCGGGCUGCUUUGUCCGGCACCCAAGGGCCUGUCGUCCUCUCCUACCCCCACAACCACCACCGCCAGACUGGAGCCGGGACUCGCCUUACCGGGAACACAGACAUAAACCUCUAAACACCAAAUACACACUGAAAAGAUGUUUGGAAACUCUGCACCAAAAGCUCUUCCCUGGGUAUUAAGUGGGUCUUCUUAGAAUUUGCACAGAUUUUAAAUGCAGCAAUACCCUGCUUAUUUUCCAGACACACUUUUUGGUGCAGAUUUAUUGACUAAAACACACUCCAGGCUGUCUUUCUCCAUGAAAGCUGUGGGACAAAGAACUGGUGUCUUUGGUGGCGGCUUGUUGCAUGUCGCCCUCUGCUGGGCUGAGGGCGACAUGCACACCUGACUGAUGAUUGGCAACGUCCAGAACUGUUUAGCAUGUACACACUCCACUUUGGGGCCCAGUCGGUUGGACCCUGUAUAUUCACAGAUGUUAAGAUUCUUAUGACUGAUGAUGAUGAUGCUGAAAUGAGGAAUGUUAAGCUUAGUAUUAUUACUGCUGCAAUGAUAUUUGAUGUUUGGUGCUGUAUCUGAAUGAACAGGCAGUUUUUGCUUUAAUGUAUUUAAUUCUCAAGAGGGUGUAUGGUGCACUGCUGGGCUGUGUGAGUUUGUGUGUAACAUGAGUGUGUGGUGGAUUCAGCGUGAGAGGCUGGAUGUGCGCGUGUGAGUGUGAGAGAGAGGAAAGGUAAGAGUGUGCUGUACACCGUUCUUUUGACCUUUUUUGUUGCUGUAUGAUCUCUAUUGGCCCGUUGGGUCACCUGGUUAAGCACUUCAACUGUAUUACUGUUGUUAAUAAGGAAACUAUUGUUGUUGUUAUUAUUACUUUUGUGAAUGAAUGGUCAAAGACCUGCUUAAGAGAUGUACAGAUUCUUAUUAUUUAAAGAUGGCAUUGAAUAAAAAGAUAG